CGUCUUUGCCUGCGUCUCUGCCAUCCCAUCGUCGCGCCACGAACUGUGGGCAAAAGAAACUGGCGAACAUCUACUGAAUGAGUUGGAUACCACGGAUCGUGUCGUUCACUGAUCAAUUGCGAUAAUCACUAAGCUCCCCUGUCAAUCACCAUGGACCAGAGCUAUAAAGCUCGAAAAGAAGCCUUCGUGUCCAAUCUUGCCGGCGGAAGCAUUCUGGAGAUCAAUGCCGUCACUCUGGUAGCUCCUGCCUCGGUGCUCCUUUGGUCGGUGUUACAAUCCCGUCUGUCCUUCUUCAACCCAUACGGGGGCCCUGCUCUCGUCACCGAUUUCUUGCUCAAUGUUUUGGCAAUCUUAUUUGCGACCACUAUCUAUGCGGCGGCGCCAUGGACCUUGAACAUCCUCCUGGUAUCCCCGGCUCUCCUUCUGCUGUUCACAUCGCCGGCGCCUCGUCCCCAGCAGAAAGCGAAACCGCCAGCCCAGAAGAGCUCGAAGCAAGUGACGGAUGCGCCCGAAUCUCUUCCCAUCCACCCAUUCCUCACAACCUACCGUGCUGCUAUGAUGAUCGUUACCUGUGUUGCUAUACUCGCGGUUGACUUUCCCAUCUUCCCCCGACGGUUCGCCAAAGUCGAAAACUGGGGCACGUCACUGAUGGAUUUAGGCGUUGGGUCUUUCGUGUUUUCCGGGGGGGUGGUGUCUGCUCGCUCCCUGCUUAAAGGACGGACGAAUCCAUCCGCGAAACCUCCUUUGUUCCGCAGAUUGACCGGCUCCUUCCGUCAUUCGAUUCCUCUACUUGUGCUGGGUCUGAUACGACUGUACAGUGUUAAGGGCCUUGACUACGCCGAACAUGUCACAGAGUACGGUGUCCAUUGGAAUUUCUUUUUCACGCUAGGACUGUUACCCCCGUUCGUGGAGCUCUUUGAUGGCCUAGCCACCUUUGUCCCCUCGUAUGAGCUUCUUGCUCUGGCGGUCGCAGCGUUGUACCAAGUAGCGCUUGAGUCGACAGAUUUGAAGGGCUACAUCCUUGUUGCACCGCGCGGUCCAGAUCUGCUGUCCAAGAACCGGGAGGGUAUCUUUUCCUUCUUGGGGUACCUAGCUAUCUUCCUGGCCGGUCGUGCCGUUGGCGUUCGUAUCAUACCCCGUGGCACGAGCGCUUCGAAGUCGCCCAAGCAUGCCCGGAAGGACUUGCUCACGAGCCUCGGAGUACAGAGUCUCGUGUGGAUCGGGUUAUUUACGCUGAAUUCCACGUAUGCGUUGGGCUACGGAGCCAACAUCCCCGUCUCCCGCCGCCUAGCGAAUCUUCCCUACGUCCUCUGGGUGUCCGCCUUCAAUAUUGGUCAACUCUUUCUAUUCUGCGGCUUGGAAACUGUAUUCUUCCCCUUCGUCCAUCGUUCCACCGAGAAAAGUGGAGAGACGGAGCGCGUGGCACUGGCGACCAGUCGUAUCAUGGCUGCGUUCAACAAAAAUGGGCUUGCCAUCUUCCUGGUGGCAAACCUUCUGACUGGGGCCGUCAAUUUGAGCGUCCCUACGCUUGACGUCAACACGCCGCAAAGCAUGGCGAUCCUUGUCGCAUAUGCCGCGGUUAUCACCGGCGUUGCGUUAGCCAUGCAAAAGGCGAACAUCAAACUAGUUCUGUGAGGGAGUACAACAUGUGGUUGGAUUAGUGUGUAUAUAGUGAC